CUCGCGCGCUGCGGCGCGCACCCACGCGCUUCCUCCUGCCGUUCUUCUGCGUGACUCUCUCUCUCUCUCUCUCUCGGCCGCGAGGAUACGCGUUAACUCUCGCACGCUGCAUCCACAAUCCUUCUCCCCCCCCCCCCCGGUGUACCCUCCGCGCGCCUCGAAGUGAAUUUUCCGUCCCCCCCUCGGUGGUGUCUCGCAGCGACUUUGUGAAACUCGGAAGCCCAGUGUUUACCCGCGUAUUUACUCGGCGGUACACGCUGCGGAAGUUAACGCGGAGGGGGAUUUCUCGCGCUCGCCGAAAGUGCUCGCAAUUUGCAUUUGCCAAUUGUUUUGGUGUGGUGUCCCAAAAACGUGUCGCGCACGUGUGCGCACCGAAAUACUUUUGGGAAAGCAACCCACGUGAGACGCCGACGCCGACGCCGGUCGGUGGUUAGGUCGUACUCUUUUGUGAUCUCUUCGCUAUACGGAAACCGGCAAGAUUAGCGUCAAGGCGGCAAGGAAAACGGGCGGACAAAGAAGUUGUAGGACGUACGUGGUCACGUGCGUGCGUGCAUGGGAAAAGUAAACCGAAAUACAAAGACCACGCGGCACCAGCGAAAAGGCGGCGGGACAAGGUGGCGGCUUUGCUAAGUCACCAUCUUCCGGCGGCAGCGGCGGAAGAAAAAUGUCGAGCGUCGGGAACAGUCCUAACAGAAUGGCUCUGCAAUCGCACUAUUCCUUACGAUGGCACAACCAUCUCGCCCACAUACAACGGGCGUUCGAGGAGCUGCUGCACGCGGAGACGCUCGUCGACGUGACCCUGAUCUGCGCCGACAGCAGCGUCAAGGCACACAAAGUCGUCCUGAGCGCCUGCAGUCCUUUCUUCGAGAGGAUAUUCGCAGAAAAUCCAUGCAAGCACCCCGUGAUCGUGCUGAAGGACUUCUCGCAUCAUGAGCUGUCCACUUUGGUACAUUUCAUAUAUCGCGGCGAGGUGCAAAUCGCCCAGGAGGAGUUACCGGGACUGAUGAAGGCCGCGGAGUGUCUGCAGGUGCGUGGGCUGUCGUCAUCGGAGCCGAGGCCGGUGUCGACGGAGCCCAGGCCGUCGUCGUUGGCAUCAACGCCGACGCGCGAUCUCAUCCUGGCCGAGUUACCGACGCCGGAAGUCGCGCGACACGGCACACCCGAAGAGGACGAAAACCCGCUGGAGAGCACGAGGGAGAUGAAACCCAUUCUGUUUCAACCAACGAGGGACCACCCGGCCAAGCCGCUCAUUGGCCACAUGAACUUCGGUAUCCGCGAGAGCUGCGGCUCGCCGUCGAUGCCACGCCGGAAACAGGCGCGUCCGCGCCGACGAUCCGGCGAAUUGCUGCCGCAAGAUCUCAGCAGGCGCUCGACUCCGCCGGUCAGCUCGAGUCCGUUGACGAGCGUCCUUAAUCUCAGCGGUGGUCAGCACCAGGCGCAGCAGCAGCAGCUGUUGCUGCAGCAAUCUCAAUAUCAUCAGCAACAAUCGAUUAACAACGCGCAGAAUCAGCAGCAACAGCAGGAGGACAUGGCGGAGAAUCUCUCGAUGAAGAAACCCAUAUCGCCGAACGGACUGGAUCAGCAUCACGUGAAGACGGAGGGCAGCGAAGCAACGAGUAGUCCUCGCGGUUCGCCGCUCACGGGAACCAGUCUGUUGCAUCAUCCGGAUGGUCCUAUACCGGACAUCCCGGCGGCCGUGGCGGCGGCCGUAGCGGCGACUGUAACAUUGUCGCUACCGACGAUGCCGACGUUGUCGCUGUCGCAGCCGCAUCCUACCGAGUACCUGACAAGCCUCGGCCAGCUGACGAACCAAUGGUUGCCCGGGCAUCCGCAGAGUCAACUGCCGCCGCCGCCGCCGUCGGCCCAGAGUCACCAUCCACGCGAGGACAGUCCCCACGGUUCUGGGAGAUCUCAUCCGUAUCAGCAGCAGCAGCAACAGGAAUCGGCGUUGCCGCGACGUAGCGCCAUGGCGAUGUUCACGCCGACCUUGGACGGCGUAACGGCUCUGGGUGGCGGACUUUUCUCACACCAUGCUACUACGUACGACAGAGGCAACCUCCUCGCGGAUUCGAUUCUCACGGAUAAUUUCAAGCCGGAGGCGCUGCAAAAUCUCUUCGGUACGCCCAGUCUCGGCCCUCCACCCACCAAAAAGACAAAAAAGCAUCGAAGUGAUAGUGACGCGCCACGUAGAUGGACCGAUCAUAAUCCUCGGGCACUCGCAGUUAACAGACCCAAGGGACAACACAGCGCUCCGCGAGGAGGACCACCAAGGUCCUGGACGAAUAACGAACUAACACUCGCCUUGCAACAUGUUUGGGAAAAGAAACUAACCACGUCGCAGGCUAGUCGUAUGUUUGGCAUUCCCUACAAUAGCUUGCUGAUGUACGUGCGUGGUAAAUACGGAAAGAGUCUAAAGCUCGAGCAAUUACGUAGGAACUGUACCGGCGCCAGCACCCCCGAAAUCAUGAAUAACAAUAACAUCAAGCCCGUCCAGCACCAGCAGUCCGCGCAGAUGAGCCAUGGGCUCACCGGAUUGCCGCUGCAGCAUCCGGGGGACAACGGCGGAUAUCCCCAUCGCGGUCUACUUGGCAGUAAUAUACCGCAGCCGCAGAGCUUUUAUCCGGCCGAAUAUGCUGCUGCAUCGUUUCCUCUAGCAGUGAAUAUGGUGCAUAUGCUACCUCCGAGCGAGCAGAAGGCGUUCGAAUCGUCCGCGAACCCGGGCGGCGACGGGGGCGGGGGUGCGUGCGUAGGAAGUGGGGGAGGGGACGGAAGCGGCAGCAGUGGCGGUGGUGGCGAUUUGACGAACUCGCAGACCAGCGAGACACCAUCCCCCAUUGUUGACCAUCACCAUCAUCAGGAACCGUCGAUGCAACCGCAACCAACGCAAUCGGCGCCCGCGUUACUACAGCAGAACGGUUCCGAUUAGGAUUGCGUGGAACUGUUUGGCUGAAACGGUACGUUCUUGUAUGUUGAUGUUAAGCGAUGAUUGAUGAUUGAUGAUUUGUGAUUUGUUACCUUUGCCCACCAAGGGCUGGGCGGAUGGUCGAUUAGUCCCUCUGGCUGCGCAUAUCGUACAUAUAUGCGAUCCGUCAUUGAUUGUUAUAAAGAAAUCCGAUAAACAUAUGUCGCCAAAAUGCGAUAAAUUAGCUAAUUAUCUUGAAAUAUUUUAGCAGAUUUGAGAUUGAUCGAACUUUUCUAAAAUGUCGGCUGACAUUUUCAAGAUUCCCCUUCAUGUCACAUACUCGCAUGUAAACUCAAAAACCUAUAAAGUUUUCAGUAUACUCUGACAAAAGACAUUAAUCACAACUGUUUAGAAUUCGAUCUGAUUUUUCUUUAAUCCGAGAACGGGCGCUAAAGUUACUUAAACACCCAAUACAGUGUACACCCUAUAUAAUUUUAAUAUGCUUUUUUUGUUUUUUAAAUAUUUUUUUAGUUUGUUCUUACUUUUCUUGGAAAAUGUUGAGUAAAUCUAUAUACAUAUUGUCCUCAAAUACUGAUAAAUUAUAGAAUUAUAGAACAAUAUACAAUAUGCAAUAUGUAAUUAAUAACAAUGACUUUAAAUUGGGAUGUAAAAAUAGUCCCAGGUGAUGCAAAAAAUGAGGCGCUCGUUCUUCGGUUAAUAUGUUGUUAACGAAAAUCUAGGAGACAUAUAUUUUGAUACGUGUCCAUUUUGAGAUUUAAAGAAUGAAACAAUUCUCCCCUGAGAGAGAGAGAAAACUAAUGCUUAUAUCGUAUUCUAAGAUUUCUAAGCAAUUAUUCGUCGAAACAAUAAUUUGUAUAAAAUCACUAUAAAAAAUAAUAUAAUUGUAUAUUAUAAUUUUUAUCGGUGUUUGCUUUUAUUUGUCUUUGAUUCAAGUUUGAUUGUACAUCUUAAGAGCUUUAUUCUUGUUUAUAUAAAAAAUGUUUUUGACAAAACUUUCAUUAUUUUUAUAUAUAUUAUUUGUAACUCUGUAAUUUUCUUAGAUAUUUAUACAUAACGACAUAUUUCAUCAAAUCGGUUUCGGACAAUUGUGACAUGUUCUUUGUAAAACAUCUUUGUCUGGAAUGCAGCAAUAUACGUCUAGCUAGACUAGAAUUGACGGAUCCAUCUGUGGAUCUUGGAUAUUUUGUGAAAGCCGUUUCACAUGUCGCAGCCAGAGGGUUAAUCGCACGAUAGUUAAUUAAGCGACUCCCUCCGUGAGGCUCCUCAUCGCACGGGGGUUAUAUAGAUUUACACGCGCGCGAUUCAACACAAGACACUAUCCUUCACAAGACUGACUUUUACCAACCGACUCGCAGCUCUCCGCAGGGUACACUCUCGAUGAACAUUCGAGCUUUGCUCAAUCCACGCUUAAGCGCCAUUAACUGCUCUCCGCUCGUUUCUGUGCUUGCCACUUGGGUUUCGUUGUUGUGUCUUUUCUCCGUCGGUGGUUGGGCCGCGUGUAGCGAGAUUUUUACCGUUGUCAAGAACAAUACUCACACAAGAGUCCUUCGUAUAGUUCGUAUAGUUUGAUAUACCCGGUGAAUAUAAUUUGGAAAUUGACUCUUACAAUUAGUAGAUGUCUAAUCGACAGAUUUGUUUCCCGAAAACAUCUUUUAAGUGAAGAUGAAAUUAAAAGUAAAACUUCAGUUUAUCAAAAUUGAAUCUUGAUAGCAUAAUCUUCGAGCAUACAUUUCGCCUUUCGACGUUCGGGCUCGUUUCAAUCAAACUCGCCGACGACACCGCAGAUCGUCGUCUUGUUUUAGCAUCGUUCUCAGUCACUGAUUCUCUCUCGGGAGUUGCGAAUUGAAGAUUGUCGAAUCUUCUCGCGAUAAUGAAACGGCAUCGAAAACAUUGCCGACACGCUUUCGCGAAUGACUCUCGGCGCUGCUACAAAAUAGUUCCUGCUGCAAAAGCGAUCAUAUAUAUACCAAAUAGUAUUUGCUAUAACGGCUGAAUAAAGUACGAUGUCUGCUACGAUGGACUUACGAUCGUCGGGGAAAGCUCGCACGGCCCGUUGUCAGUAUAACGGGCGCCUCGAACGGAAAAUGACAAUUAUGUUUACGAUAGAAUCUGAGGUGAGAUGGAACGAAACUUUUUCUAGUGGCGAGAUAUAUGACGAGUAAUUAACGGUAGUAUGUCGAGAAGCUUGUUUCAAACCGUCUUUGACUUGAAAAAGAAGAAAGAAAAAAGAUAUUAACAGUUGGAACAAUUAUACAAAAUAUAGAUCAAAUAGAUAUACACUAGAUAUUAUAACACCGUUCAACAAAAAAUGUACAAGAACAAAAAUAAUCGUUUUCCGCAGUUUUUUGGACAUUGAAUACGAUCUCCUUUACCAAAUCGCUCUAUCACGUCACAAUUUUGAGAAAUUUGAAAUUAAAGUUACAAAAAGGGCUAUUUUACUGUAUUUAUUGUAUAGCAUAUUGCCAUAUUAUAACUGCAAUAUGUGACAUGUUGGAAAAAUUUAUUAUAAUGAAAAUUAAAUAUGUUGUUAGGCUUUUAAAAGGAAUCUGUUGUACCAAUUAUGGUUAAAAAAAUUGAUGAUUAACAUAGGAUCUAUUGCGUUAAAAAUGUGACUUACAUAGACCAUUAAGGGUUUAUCAAAUAAUUUUUAAUUAUUAAGAUAUUUUUUAAAUAUGUUAUUUAAAUUUAGGAAUUUUUCAGGUCGCUGAAUGUGAUGUUAAAGUUGAUAAGGGAAUGUAAAAAUUCGACUUUUUCUUUAUUUUGACGUUCACAACAUUAGUUCCGCCAUUUUGAAUUUAUCAACUUUGACAUCAGAUUAGUAUUCAGUGACCUGAAAAACUCCUAAAUGAAUAACAUAAUUAAAAAAUAUUUGAUAAAUCCUUAAUGGUUUAUGUAAGCUGCUUUGACACAAUAGACCCUAAUAUCAUUUUAACCAUAAUCGACACAAAUUCCUUUUGAGGACUGAAAAUUUUAACAACAUAGUUAAUUUUGAUUGUAAUAAAACUUCUCC